AUGGCUACCUCGAUCAACGAUCUCCCAAAUGAAAUCCUAGGCCAGGUAUUCUCCCAUUUGGACCGACCUGCGCCUUCAGACUCAAAGCUCCAUGAUCAACCAAGCUUUAUCAUGCUGCAAAACCUUUUUUUCGACCGCGAUCUCAAGACUACUUCUCUCGUUUGCAAGCGAUGGCGAGACGCCGUCCUACCUCUUCUAUUCCGCCAUGUAGUCUGGACGGUUGAUCGAUUCGAGCUGCCGCUCAUGGAAGAAACGGGAGACCCAGCGUCCGCGAUCGACUUCUUAUCUUUUCUCAGGUCCAACAGUCUAACCAACUAUGUCAACACGCUAUCAAUGUUUGUCGAGGAUGCGAUGGGCGGCAUAUCAGAGGGCACCAGCAGUGCCACGCUCAUGGAGACUGGCUUCGCCAACAAAGCCUCUUACAGCGAAGACUACAACUGGCUCUGGAGAACAAUCUUUGAACACAUCGAACCCACCAGGCUGACCAUGAUCGCUUCGCCGCGAGUCUUGGCUCAAUUGCUUUCGCGCAUGCUUUUCCUGGGAGAUGCAUGGAACUUCUCCAUGCCGCAGCAUGUUCUGUCACUCUCGCGGAAAGACAAAAGGAUAAAGGAGACACAAUCCAAGGCGCAAGUGACAGCAUCGUCCGGCCAUGCUUCUGGUUCUGAACAAGCUUAUCAGAAGCGCGUUCCCUGUGAUUUGCUCACCAUCCGCCCAUGGCAGGCUCUGUUACUCAACGAAGGGUCCUCAACGCGCGUCUACAAGACAUACGAAUUCUACCUCAAACGGCCACCAUCCAUUCUCGGCGCUCUGCUGGGAGCGGAAGAGUUCCCCAACGACGAGUCAAUGAUCUCACCCUCGAUUCGGGACCUCUCCUACGUCGGCAUCUUCCCACUAUCGAGCCACUUCAACACCCUCGUCCAGAACAUCCCCCACCUUGACCGCCUCUUCGUUCAGCUCGUGCCCCGAAAUGACAUCCUCCAGGACACGGACGAGAUGCGCAACGUCGACCUCGCCGAUCUCUGGAUGGAGCGGAACACGGCCUACUCGAUGCUCUUCCGCGAGCUCUUCGACCCGGACCCGGGUAGCCCCUGGCUCGACCUCCGCGUCUUUGAGAGUGGCGACGCAGCAGACAAGGAGGCGUGGGAGAUGGCGGUGCAGUUCGUGCAGUUCAGCGGCGUGAAGGGGUGGAAGGUCGAGAGCGAGGGCGUUUUCGUGAGGGAGGGAGACGAGGAGAGCGCCAGCGCGAUCCUCGGCAUGUCUCAGUCAGUGGCGCCAGGAUCAUCUUGA